AUGGAGCAAUUUAUCAGCAGGGACAAAAUCAUAAAAGAACUGGAUGGCGACGAGGACUGGGAAUACACAUACCUUGAGCCGGAACCUGGAGAGAACGAUAAGAUGAAUGACACCGCCAAUCGGGAUAAGCUGAUUGUCGAGCGCGAGCGUCUCUCCCGAAAAUUCGAAGAGGCCACUGCCCAGUGGAUUUUGAGCAAUGAUAGGGAGCCCGCUAAGGCCGCCCGCGAUACGAGGGAAGAUAUCGCCGAGCAGCUGCGCAAGCACUACUGGAAACUGGACCCUUACGUUCGUGCUCGCUCGCUAUAUGAUCGCACUGGCAUACUUCGUGCAGAUGGAACUGUCGACUUCUACCCGAAGCCCAAGAAGGACGAGACGGCGCAGACCAACGGUAACACAAACGCACAGGACAACGUGGAGUAG